CUGAGAUACUUCUAAAAAGAUAACAUCUUUUGUGGAUCAUUGAGCAUUUUCGGUACAAAGUCCAGCCACUUUCAAUAAUGCCAACACCCUGAUUAGUUCUUCAUUUUGCAUUUUCUGUUUCAGUUUGUGAAGCCUGCGAGAAUUUUUUUACUGAAGAAUGCCCUGUGCAUGGCCCACCAGUCUUUAUGAAGGACACUGUCGUUAAUUCCAAUCACCCAGAUAGAGCACGUUUAACUCUUCCAGAGAGUCUCAGCAUUGCCACGUCCAAAAUUCGUAAAGCUGGUCUUGGCGUCUGGAAUGAAGGGAAGGUUAUUCCCAGGGGCGUUCAUUUUGGACCCUAUGAAGGAGAGGUUUCAAAUGAAGAAGAAGCUGUUGUCAGUGGGUAUUCAUGGAUGAUCAGUAAGGCAAACAAUGACACUGAAUACAUUGAUGCACAGGAUGAAUCUAAAUCAAACUGGAUGAGAUUUGUCAACUGUGCCAGAAAUGAGAAGGAACAGAACCUUGUUGCCUUCCAGCACCGGGGCAACAUUUACUACAGGACCUGCAAGCCGGUUCCUCCUCACUGCGAGUUGCUGGUCUGGUACGGUGAUGAAUAUGCCAAGGAGCUGGGAAUCACAUGGACCGCAAUGUGGAUGUCAAACCAAGACCCAAAAUUGGUAGAUGGAGUGAUGCAAGGAGACUGCCAUCCCUGCCCUCACUGCACUGUUGCAUUUAGCACAGUGGAGUUCCUCAUAAGGCACUUAAGAAGGCAUCCUGAAGCCCCCAGACCAACAUCAGCUGGGCAACCUUCUUCCUCCAGAGUGAACACUGAUUCACAACGUCAACGUGGGCAGAGGCCGUUCACCCCAUCUGACGGAAUUGGGAAAUCAGGUGAUAUUCAAGGACGAAUAGUGGAGAUACGGCAUGAAUGUCCUGACUGUGGGAAGUGUUUCACGCAGGUAGCGCACCUCCACGUACACCAGCGGACCCACACCGGAGAGAGGCCGUACAAAUGUCCUGACUGUGGGAAGUGUUUCACGCAGGCGGGGAGCCUCCACGUACACCAGCGGACCCACACCGGAGAGAGGCCGUACAAAUGUCCUCACUGUGGGAAGGGCUUUGUACACUCAGGGAACCUUCACAGACACCAGCGGACCCACACCGGAGAGAGGCCGUACAAAUGUCCUCACUGUGGGAAGGGCUUUGUACACUCAGGGCACCUCCACAGACACCAGCGGACCCACACCGGAGAGAGGCCGUACAAAUGUCCUGACUGUGGGAAGGGCUUUGCACGGGCAGGGACCCUCCAACUACACCAGCGGACCCACACCGGAGAGAGGCCGUACAAAUGUCCUGACUGUGGGAAGGGCUUUGUACACUCAGGGAACCUUCACAGACACCAGCGGACCCACACCGGAGAGAGGCCGUACACAUGUCCUCAGUGUGGGAAGGGCUUUGUACACUCAGGGCACCACCACAGACACCAGCGGACCCACACCGGAGAGAGGCCGUACAAAUGUCCUGACUGUGGGAAGAGCUUUUGUUAUCUCCGUCAGCAGAAAGCUCACACCUGCCUUGAAACGUGCCCCGUAUGCGGGAAUGUGUUUAAAGACUCAGCAGCUUUCACUGUUCACCUGAGAGCCUGUGUUGGACAGUAACACAGAGAAAGUAUUAAUAUUGGCCCUUGCUGUAUUUCCCCCUUUAUGAUGAUACUUUGUGUGGACAAGUCUGGGCUAUCAAACUGCUGGUCCCUGCAGCUUUCACUUUAUUCCUGUGAGAUUUCUUGAACGGGUGAUCAGUGAAAUGCUGGCACUGGAGUUUGCAACGUUUAAAGUGUUGUUCCAAGUAGAAGCAGCAGGUGAGUUUGUAAAUUGAAAUGUUGGAUGUGUUGGUUGAUGUCAUUUAUUUAUCGCAGGUUUGAGACACAAAAUGUGUUUUAAUUUGCAUCAUUCUGCAUUGUAUUUAAAAUAUUUCUGUGCGAGGUGAUUGACCAGCACCCGCGAUGUCCCGGCAAAAUCUGUUCAUGUUAUUCUAAUGUUAUUAAAGUCAUUGUGUUGGGAAUCAA